CUGCUCGCCUAGAGCCGGCUGCUAGGACUUAGCCAGCCCCGGAGCGGCGCUUGUGCGGCCGUGCGGUCCCUCCAGGCCUCUGCGUCGCGCGGCUUCCUGCUUUGAGUCCCGGCCCGCAGUCCUGCCCCCACGUCCACGCGAGAACCCCUCUUGCGGGAGGCCUCUGCCUGGGACCAUUCCCUUCUCCGUGACCCCUCCUCCAGAAAGCCCUUCCCCGUGCCGUGCACCCCUCUCCAGCCAGCCUCCCUUCCAGGAGUCCCCCUCCUCCAUGACCCUGUUCUUCCAAGAAGCCCCUCCUCUGCGGCCGCCUUCCUCCUGACCCCUUGCUCCGGGAAGCCCGUUCCUCUGCUAAACUGGGCUUUGCUCUCGGGCUAGGGUGACUUUUUGCUUUCCUGUAUGCACCAGAGCAGUCCUGAAGUUGGGCACGCCGGAUUCAAGGAAACGUGUGAAAGUACGAAGCCGGAGGAAUUUUUUGUUCCACCCAGAGCUCAGGAGGAUGAAAGUCAUCACGUGUGAAAUAGUCUGGCACAACAAGGAGCCGGUGUAUAGCCUCGAUUUCCAGUACGCCACGGCAGGGAAAAUCCACAGACUGGCAUCUGCUGGAGUGGACACCGCGGUCAGGAUCUGGAAGGUAGAAAAAGGACCAGAUGGAAAAGCCAUUGUGGAAUUUUUGUCCAAUCUUGCUCGCCAUACCAAAGCUGUCAAUGUCGUGCGUUUUUCUCCAACCGGGGAGAUUUUAGCAUCAGGAGGAGAUGAUGCCGUCAUCCUGCUGUGGAGGGUGAACGACAGCAAGGAGCCGGAGCAGAUCGCAUUCCAGGAUGAGGACGAGGCACAGCUGAACAAAGAGAACUGGACCGUGGUGAAGACCCUGAGGGGACACUUAGAAGAUGUGUAUGACAUUUGCUGGGCCACUGACGGGAAUCUGAUGGCUUCUGCCUCUGUGGAUAACACAGCCAUCAUAUGGGAUGUCAGUAAAGGACAGAAGAUGUCAAUUUUUAAUGAACAUAAAAGCUACGUGCAGGGAGUAACCUGGGAUCCUUUGGGUCAGUACGUGGCCACGCUGAGCUGUGACAGGGUGCUGCGCGUGUACAGCACACAGAAGAAACGCGUGGCUUUUAAUGUUUCCAAGAUGCUGUCUGGCGUCGGGGCCGAAGGAGAGGCUAGGAGCUACCGGAUGUUCCACGACGAUAGCAUGAAGUCCUUCUUCCGGAGACUCAGUUUCACGCCCGACGGCUCCCUGCUCCUCACCCCAGCCGGAUGCGUGGAGUCUGGGGAGAACGUCACCAACACCACCUACGUCUUCUCCAGGAAGAACCUCAAACGGCCGAUCGCCCACCUUCCGUGUCCCGGGAAGGCGACGCUCGCUGUGCGCUGCUGCCCUGUCUACUUUGAGCUGAGGCCAGCGGUAGAAUCAGUGGCCUCGGAGGACUCCGUGCUGCUCUACGACACCCAGCAGCUGUUCCCCUUCGGCUACGUGUCCAACAUCCACUACCACACACUGAGCGACAUUUCCUGGUCCAGCGAUGGGGCCUUCCUGGCCAUCUCGUCCACGGAUGGGUACUGCUCCUUUGUGACCUUUGAGAAAGACGAGCUCGGCAUCCCUUUGAAAGAGAAGCCGGUGCUGCACGUGAGAACCCCAGACACGGCGAGGAAAGCCAGGAGUCACCCGCAGCAGGGCUCCUCACCAGGGCCCAGGCCCGCAGAGGGGACCCCUGCCUCCAGAGUGCAGGAGCCCAGCAGUCCCCCUGUGACUCCCUUGCUGGCAGGACAGGCGCUGACCACAACCCCUGCCCCAAGCCCAGCCCCAACCCCAACAACAGUGGCUAUCAAGGAUGCACCCACCACGACUCCUGGUACCAAGGGCCCCUCGCCAGGGCCUUCUGAGGAGGUGAUGCCGCAGAGCAUGAAAGGCCCCCCGUCCCGGAGGGUCAGCCUGAACACACUGCAGACCUGGAGCAAGACCACGCCCCGGAGAAUAAACUUAAUACCCUUGAAGACAGAGAGUCGACCGAAUUCUGUCCCCACCAGCACAGUUUCCACCUCUUCUACUGAAGAAAUUCUAUCAGAGAUGCCCGGAGACCCCCAGGAUAGCCCUCCAGAGCUGAAGCGGCUCAGACAGGACGAAAGCAGAGGCGGUCUCCCAAACCUGGACUCUUGACGGUACCCAGGCCUCUGCUUGAGGCUGCCAGGCCUGGGCGCUGCGCCUGCCUGUGCUGUGAUGGGGCGAAGAUGCCAGGGCCCCAGUUGGCACCAGCCAGGCAGCACAGAGGCUCGGAUACCGACCCUGGGACUCACUGCACGGGGGCGCAUGCUGCCAUGUCUGCCGUCCGCUGUCUGGGUGAAUGUGGGCACCACCGCAGACCGAGUGCCCCUUGGAUGAGUUUCUGAGACCAGAGCUGCUGGCAUCGUCUCCACGAGGGGCAACAGGGCCUGACAUCGGGCACCUCCUGGGGAUCAGGGAGCGGGCUCACGGUCAGGCUGGUGCGCGAAUCGGGAUCCGAGUGAGGACUGGAUUUAACUCUAACUAGUGAUUAAACGUCACAGGUUUGUUACA